AUUCAAGUCGUCCCCAGUAUGUCGUUUAACAGCUGAACUCAAUCAGGCGGGAUGGAAAAUUCAUGGUGAAAGACGGCUUGAUUCUCCUGUGGAGAGAGCUGAAGUGAGUGUGUGAGGAGAGGAGUGUGUCUGAACAACAUGGAAAAGGAGAGAAGACCCUCUAAACAGUACGGCUCUCUGGAGAAGACGCAGGUGGAUGAAGCGACGGAGAAAUCAACAGAGGAUGUCGUUUCCAUGGCUGACUCCACAAUUACCAUCGAGGACAUCGAAGGAGAGCUGUGCAAAAUCGAGCGGAUAAGAGACAUCCUUGUACGGAGAGAAUCAGAGCUGAGAUACAUGAUGGAUGACAUCCAGCUCUGCAGAGAAAUCACAAGGCUGAAGACGGAGCUGCAGAAACUCGUCUCGAUUCCAGACAACGACAAGUCGAAGGAGGACAGAGAGAGAGAAGAGGAGCUGCUGCAGCAGAUCAACAAGCUGGUGGAGACCAGAGACUUCCUCGUGGACGAUGUGGAGUUCGAAAGACUGAGGGAAAGAGAGGAAGACAGAGAAAUGGCCGCCUUCUUACAGUCCAAAUUUCCCACGACACUGGCUGCAAAAGGCACGUUGCAGGAUCAGAGGGUGGCGUCCAAAUCUCAGCAGACGUCGGCGCCGUUCAUCACCAAAACUGGGAUCACGCUGCUGAAGGACUGCUGCGGCUUCACCUGCUCCAUCAUGUAACACUGACCAGGACACUCUGUGUGUGUGUGUGUGUGUGUGUGUGUGUGUGUGUGUGUGUGUGUGUGCCCUUCUCAGAAAGAUUACCUACAUUAAUCUUCAUCAUGCCUGUUUGCAUAUAAUGUAAGAGACGUGUAUUAUAACAUAUUAUGUGAUUUGCUGUGAGAUGCUGUGGUUUGAUGUCGUGCAGAGGGGAAGCUGACCGGCUUAUAGUUAUACUAAUAAUGCUUUCUGUCCAGUUAGGGUCAUUAGAUAUUAUUACAGCUGCUCUGACUUUGUAUUUGUGAUGUAAGUAUCUGUGAGGGAAGAAACUACACCUGCUGUAGAGUUGUAGCGACGUAUUAUAAUAACAUUGUUCAGACUGCAGCUGGUGAUUACUGUUUUUUUUCUUUCAUCUUUUAGCAAAUGUUUGGUCCAUAAAUGAUCCAGUUAGCAGCAGCAGUGUAUUGAGUUAAUAUAAGAUUACAGUUUUAUAAAUAAAACGAAAAUGCAGAACCCUGUACUUGAACAGAGCUGAACAAAUGUGAUGCAGAUUUAUGCAGAAAGUUUUUAUACUGCAACGAAAUAUUGUUCAUUUGCUACUCAGUGACAACUUAAACCAAAGUCUUUGUCUGAUCUGAGUGUAGUUAGUGUUUUAAUGAUAGGCCUUCCAGUCAGUGUUUUAUUAAAAGAUUUUCAGAUACCCUCACCAGCCACUUUAUUAGGUACACCUGUUCAACUGCUCAUUAACACAAAUAGUUAAUCAGCCAAUCACGUGGCAGCAACUCAGUGCAUUUAGUCAUGUAGACGUGGUGAAGACGAGCUGCUGAAGUUCAAACUGAGCAUCAGAAUGACGAAGAAAGGUGAUUUAAGUGACUUUGAACGUGGCAUGGUUGUUGGUGCCAGACGGGCUGGUCUGAGUAUUUACUGGGAUUUUCAGCACAACCAUCUCUAGGGUUUACAGAGGAUGGUCCCAAAAAGAGAAAAUAUCCAGUGAGCCAAAAUGCCUUGUUGAUGCCAGAGGUCAGAGGAGAAUGGCCAGACUGGUUCAAGAUGAUAGAAAGGCAACAGGAAGUCAAAUAAGCACUGGUUCCAACCAAGGUGUGCAGAAGACCAUCUCUGAAGCAACAACACCUUGUCCAACCUUGAAGCAGAUGGGCUACAGCAGCAGAAGACCACACCAGGUGCCACUCCUGUCAGCUAACAACAGGAAACUGAGGCUACAAUUCACACGGGUUUUCUCACCAAAACUGGACAAUAGAAGAUUGGAAAAACCACAUUCAGAUGGAAGCAUGGAUCCAUCCUGCCUUGUAUCAACGCUUCAGGCUGCUGCUGGUGGUGUAAUGGUGUGGGGGAGAUUUUCUUAGUACCAACUGAGCAUGGUUUAAACACCACAGCCUACCUGAGUAUUGUUGCUGAGCGUGUCCAUCCCUUUAUGACCACAGUGUACCCAUCUUCUGAUGGCUACUUCCAGCAGGAUAACGCACCAUGUCACAAAGCUCACAUCAUCUCAAACAUGACAAUGAGUUCACUGUACUCCAAUGGCCUCCACAGUCACCAGAUCUCAGUCCAAUAGAGCACCUUUGGGAUGUGCUGGAACGGGAGAUUCUCAUCAUGGAUGUGCAGCCGACAAAUCUGCAGCAACUGUGUGAUGUCAUCAUGUCAAUAUGGACCAACAUCUCUGAGGAAUGUUUCCAGCACCUUGUUGAAUCUGUGACACCAAGAAUUAAAAAGGGGGUCCAGCCUGGAACUAGCACGGUGUACCUAAUAAAGUGGCUGAUGAGCGUAUAUGAUAAAAAAUAAUCUAUUAUUUUGUGUGACUAUGACUGUAGAAUGUAUCAUCUCUGCAAUGCUGUUAAAAUAAAGACUUUUA